ACAGGCUGUGUGCUAUCACUGCUGCCUUUACUGUGCUGACAUGAACAUGAAAGUGCUAGUUAUCGUUUUGGUGCUAGCUCUGGCUACAAUUUUUGCUCUAGUCUGUGUUUUGCUGACAAAGAAGGAAAAAAAAGUCACUGGUUGUGUCUACUCCGAACCAACAAUUUCCUCUGAGAGGCCCAACAGAGAACAAAGUGAGGUCUUUGCUGAUCUGACAGCUGAUGAAAUGACUCAGGUGGUGAAAUAUCUCAAGAAGAAUCUUGGAGUGUACCUGGAAGAUGCAUUUCAUGCAAAACCAUCAGAUAAUUGCAUUUACUAUACGGAUGUGUACUUCCCAUCUAAAGCGAAAGUUCUGGGCUUCCUUGAUCGUGGAAGGGAAGAGCUACCCCGGCAGGCAUUGGCUGUGGUAUACUUUGGAAGCCAGUCAGAUCCAAACAUUACAGAAUUUGUAGUAGGUCCACUUCCAAAUCCAACGUACCAUCGAGACAUUACAAUGCGGAAAUUUGGCAAGAAGGUUCCAUAUUACAGCAGACCAGUAACUGAGAGGGAAUAUAAAGAUAUUGACUUGUUCAUUUUCCAUAAACUCUUCAACACCUCCAACUUCCUCAAAAUAUGCUGCAAUUAUGAGAAGUCUGAUUUAGCUACUCUAACCACAGCUCCAAGAGGAUUUGAAUCUGGUGAAAGAGCCACCUGGUUUGUCCUUUUCCAGAAUGUGAUUGGCAGUGGAUAUUAUAUACAUCCUAUUGGCUUGGAGAUGCUGGUGGAUCACAGCAGUCUGAACAUCUCUGAAUGGAAGCUGAGGAAAGUAUUCUAUAAUGGACAGUAUUAUCAGGAUAUGGCCCAUCUGGAAAAAGAGUUCAAGAAUGGACAGGUGAAGGAGGCAAGAAUAAAGAGUAGUCUGCUGCAGAUGGAAUUUGCUUCCAGGAAGCGAUUUGAACCAGUAGCUUCUCUAGGCCCAUUUCAAUUUGAGACCCAAGGAAAGCGCUACACUGUAACUGGCAGCCAUGUUACCUAUCAGCAAUGGAAGUUUACCUUUGGGAUGAAUGUGAACACAGGGCCACGUCUUUUCAAUAUCAGAUUUAAUGAUAAGAGGAUUGUCUACGAGUUGAGUCUGCAAGAAGCUCUUGCCAUUUAUGGUUCCAAUUGUCCUGGAGGAAUGGUGACUAGAUACAUGGAUGGUAGUCUUGGCAUUGGAAAGUUUUCUUAUGAACUAGUCCGGGGUGUGGACUGCCCCUAUAUGGCCACCUAUGUGAAUCGGCAUUACCUAAUAGACUCUGACACUCCCAAACUAAACAAGAACUCCUUCUGCAUCUUUGAACAUGACAUGGGUGUCCCUCUGCGUCGCCAUUUUUCUAAUUUAGGCUCUUUUUAUUAUGAGGGGUUACCCAAAUAUGCUUUGGUCUUAAGGACUGUUUCUACCCUCAUUAACUAUGACUAUGUCUGGGAUUUUGUAUUCUAUCAAAACGGUGCCAUAGAAGUCAAGGUCCAUGCUACAGGAUACAUCAGCUCUUCAUUUUUUAUGGAAGGUGGUACUAAGUAUGGAAACAAGGUCGGGGAGUACACACUUGGAACCAUGCACAACCAUCUGAUAAACUACAAAGUUGACUUGGAUGUAGAAGGAGUCAAAAACUCUUUGGUGGAUCUGGACAUGGCAUAUGAAUCCGUGCAGGCCCCUUGGAGACCAGAACAUACAAUUCAGCGACCAAUCCUCACCCAACAAGUCCUGGACACGGAAGAAAAAGCUGCUUUCCCACUUGAUGGCAAAAUCCCUCGGUACCUACUUUUCAGUUCUAACAAUGAAAACCAGUGGGGCCACAAACAGAGCUAUCGCAUCCAGAUCAUCAGCUUUGCAGGCAAGCACUUACCACAAAGUAGCCCCAUGGAGAAGGCCAUCAGCUGGGGCAGGUACAAGCUGUCUGUCACUAAGCAGAAAGAGGAAGAAUUGACAAGCACCUGCAUCUAUAACCAGAAUGAUCCAUGGGAUCCCCUGGUGACCUUUGCAAAUUUCAUAGACAAUGAGACCAUAGUCAAUGAGGAUCUUGUGGCCUGGAUCUCAGUUGGAUUUUUACAUGUGCCACAUGCUGAGGACAUCCCCACUACUGUAACAGUUGGCAACGGAGUAGGUUUUUUACUUCGGCCUUAUAACUAUUUUGAUGUUGAUCCUUCUAGCAGCUCCCUUGACAGCAUCUACUUCAGAGAUGAUGAAGAUGCAGGCAAAUGUGAUAUCAACCAAAUUGCUUGCUUGCAACAAACAGUCACAUGUUUUCCAAGUCUACCUCCUUUCACUUACAAUGGCUUUGAGAACUUGACAAAUCCAUAAGAAGAAUCCACAUUUAUACUCUGACUUAACUUUUUUUAAAAAAUGUAAAGGCUAAAGAAUGACUGGCUUGAGCAUGCCUACUUCCAAAUUUCUAUUCUGUCUAUUCUAUUCCUUACUUUUGGUCAUCCUUCACUGUUUUCAAUUUGAGGUUGGGAUUUUUUUUUUUUUUUUAGACUAACUCAAUGGAGAAUUUCUGCUUUCAGCUGACAAUCAGAUGUUUCCUCCAGGCUUUUUACAAAUUAUGGCUUUGAAUGUCAUUACCCGAUGUUCUAAAUGUUCUAACAUGUAUAGGUUUUCACUUUAUAGAAAUUAGUGGGGAUCAGUGGUGGGUUGCUACCGGUUCGGUCCAGAUCUUGCGAACUGGUAGUAACAAUGGCAGGAGGCUACGUCCACCUGCCCAGAGGUCAUCAUGGACACUCUGCACAUAUGCAGAAGCUUCUGCGCAUGCGCAGAAGUGUGUACGCUCCCAUUGCGAACCGGUAGCGAAGGUAAGUGGAACCCACCCCUGGUGGGAAUCUAAAUUGGGGCAGGAUAUCAUUUGUCUUGCAUAUUAGAGAAAGAAUCCAGCAAGGACUUGCUCAGUUAAAUGAUAAUUAGAAUGCACUAAAUGCUUUCAAAUGAUCAUAGCAAUAUACUGAUUUUUAAAAUCUCCAAAUACAGAAAUUUGAUGAGUUUAUUAUAUUGUAAUUCCAGGCCAAAAACCUUUAUCCCCAUCAUGCAUAUUUUCAUCCACUUGGAGAAGAAAUUCUUUAAAUUGGGCAAGGGCUUACUAUAUCAAAAGAUUGCUCAUUCUCCUUCCAGCAACCCCAGCAAUUUUUUUCAGUAUAACAUGAAAUGUAAAUUCCACUGUUUGCUUCCUAUGAUAAUGUUAAUCCCUGUGAGAAGCCCAGUCAUGAUUUGUGUUCUUUUCAACAUUGAAAUGCUGGAAACAAAUGAACGGAUUGGAGGAACUAUUCUCAAGUAGAAAUGCACUGCACAUUCAAAAGCCCCUUGGCUUUGCACAGGAAUUCCUGACAAAUCAUGUGAUGGUAGCCAGGACACCAGCUGCAAAAUCAGCUGACUACAGCUGCUUUCAGAUGGGCCCAAGAAACUUAUCACUACUGAAGAUUGCUCUUCCACUGUGGAACUAUAGUUGGCUUUCCAUGCAAUUAAAGACAUUGCAUUUUUCCUAGGUUUCCUGUUCUGUUCAGAACAAUGAAAGGAAACUAGUGAUUAGGAGAGGGGAAAAAAUCCAGUAAUUUUAAAAAAAACAAUUAAUAAAAAUUUAAAUAGGAAAAUUAGUAUGUAUCUCCCUCCCCUCCACAGACACAACAUUGAUGGAGUUUAGAGUGGAAAACAGGUCAGCUCACUUUCUUGUAUUACUGAUAAUGAGAGAAAAGCUGUUGAAAUGAGAACUAGCUGUUUGAGACACUUGCUGGUGAAUUUAACCUUUUAUGUAAAGUACAGUAUAAAUACACUCCCCCCCCAACUUCUUUUUUCCUUCUAUUGGCUCUUCCAUUUUCCAUUCCAGGCCAUAUUUGUUUCCCCUUUCUAAUCUUUCUUUUUGCUGUUUCCCUAGAGGAAAGAAGGAAAAUAUGCAUGGGCCAUCUGUAAAAGAGAGAGAGAGAGAGAGAAGAAAAAGUUGUAUGUGUGCAGAUAGUGGUUCAAUUAAUUUUAUCAACAAGGUGCCUUAUUUUAGGCAAUUGUUUCUAAUUUGUAGGCAUUAAUUCUUGCAUAAAAACUGUUGCCAGAGAAUUUCCAAGAUACUGUCAGUUUGCCAAGGUAGGGAUGCUGGGUGGGUAUUGCUCAAGAUUUUUGACUAUACUGUAGGUUUUUUUUCAUAACUCCUUUUUCCUUUUUUGGGGAGGGGGAGAAAGCCAUUUCAAAUUCAAGAUUAAAUCAUUUCUUAAGUGAUGCAGUCAGAUAAAUGUAAUGAUUGGCAUUAAAAUGUUCAUUUAUGCUCCAACAUUUAAUAUUUGUUUUGUAUUUGAAAUAUUUUUAUUAUUAUUAUUUUAAAAAUAGCUGAAAUAGUUAUAUUAAUAUGCAUUGGGAAGAACGCUGCAUUUUACUUUCUAUAAAAAAACCUGUUGAGUAAUUGGGCCUUUGUUAAUUAUGAUAACACAGUUCUGAUUCUUCCAGUACAAAAAGAUGUAUCAGUGUUUUUGUUUGCAUUAGGAAUGUACAAGAAUUUCAUCAAAAUAAUCCUCUGGGAGCUAACUUGGAUAUUUCAUUUUUGCUGAACUUCAUGCCAUUUUAGCAUCUGAUUAAAUUCACCAGCACUGGUUUCUACCCUAAUUAAACAACAGUUGGGAAAAAAAAACUUGCUUUAAUUUAUGUUUAUUUGUAUUUAAAAAACUAUAUCAACUAUUUUCACAUGUAAUGGAAACUUUUGGAUAACAAGCAAUAAAUGAAAUUUUGAGAGAUGUUGUGAAUGUAAAAAGGGAGGGAGGGUAGGAAGGGAAGGAUAUUUUUUUAACCCUUCAAGGGAAAACUCCAGAUUAGAAUAUUGUUGAAUUGAAAGAAAUCAUAAGAGCAAUAAUCUUAUUUUACACUAGACAUUUUUGGGAAAGAAAGAAGGAGAAAAAAAGAAAGCUUUUUUUUUUUUUUGAGAGAGAGUCAGGUCUUCACUAGGAAUGAUCCUUACCUAUUUUUGGUGGUGCAUAUAAUGGAUAAAAAGACUGAUGUUAAUUUACAUCUAUGGAGAGAAUCAUGUUUCUUAUUCAUUCUUCAAAAAUAUAUACUAGAGAUGGCAUUAAUGGAUCAUCUAUUAAGAGUACCACGAUCUCACAAUGUCUUGCUAUUAUUCCCUGCCCGACUCAUGUCGCUGUCCUCAUAUAUAUUUGAGAAUAUCUCUGAUGCAUGCACAUGGUUUAAGCAUUAUAAAUUGAAAUAUAUAGGUUUGUGUGUAUUAUUAACACAAUGGGAGUAUCUAAAUAGUCUGUAUAUUUGAGAUGUAUGGGGAAAUAUAUCAAUGUAAAUGGUACUGAUUAUUUGCAUAUUCAAGAUUAUUCAAAUAUAUAUCAAGAAUUCAAAAGCUUCAGUUGCUGAAAAUGCAAUGACCGUCAGAAUUUUUCACAAGGCCAGACUUGGACAGGUGUCAAUUCUUUUGCAAGAAUUGCAUUGUUUACCAGUCUGCUUCCAAGUGAAAUUCAAGGUGCUAUUUAUUAUCACUACAUGGCUUGGGCCCAAGUUAUUUGAAAGACCCCCUUUUCCCAGUUACAUCUACUUAACCCGACAGGGCGUGUUGUGUGUCCUAUAUUAACACAAAAGGGCUAGUACACUAGUAAUAUAUCAUCCAGGUAUUCAACGCAAAUGAAACUUCAGUAUAUUGCAUGAUACCACUUGCCCUAUCCCUUCCCAACCUAGAUUUUGGUGGACAAACCUAGAGGCCAGACAAUAUCACUACCAGCAAUGAAUUGACCAAUGCUAUCCAAGUACACCAUUUCCUUCAAAAAAUAAAAAGCACAAUUGUAUCCACCAACACUUUCUAGACUACCUAUCAUCCUCUCUUCUUUCCAACCACCUUCCCAGUAUUAGAGACUUCUCCAGAGAGUUAGGUAUUCGCAUAAUGUGAAUACCUAAAGUAGGAUAACAUCAGCCUGGUAAUUUGUGCCUAGAGUGAGAACUCUGAAUUGAUGUCUUUGAUGAUCCAUCUCUUCUUUUAACUGUCCACAAUUUUCAGGAAUCUUCUCCAACACCAAAAUUCAAAAGUGUCAACCCUCUUCCUAUCCUGCUUCUUUAAAGUGCAAUUUCGUUUCUAUAGAGCAGUAGAGGGAAUAACCAUGGCUUGCAUGUUUCUGAUCUGUGUAGGUAAACACAUCUCAACAUUUGAUCAUCUUUUCCAAGGCCUUCAUUCCAACAAGUGCUAGUCUGUGGUAUGUUCCAUGACAGCUUCUUCCUUUACUAUUGGUGAUUGACUGUAAAAGGCAGAAAUUAUUCACCACUUCAAUAUCUUCAUUGUCAAGGCUUAAGCCACAUGAGCAACAGCUCACUACAUUAGAUGUAAAAUUUAGAUACAUCGGGAUGACUCAGAGGUAGAAAAAGGAGGAGGAGAUAGGAUGUUUAUGCAUAUGAAUGUUUUAGAGGGAAGAGGUUACAACUAUCAUAUCAAUUAACAAUUGUAAUGUGCACAAAAAUCCCUUAUGUUUAUAUAGACAUUUUGAGAUAAUGAAAAUAUAUGUAUGUAUGUAAACUCAGAUGACACAUUCUCAAUUAAAAUACUCUGCUUUUA